AUGGCUGCCGCUUCUAUUGAUUUCCCUCGCUCGUCAUCGACCGUCCGGGUUCGAAUGAUCGACACCACCGCCUGCAUGACCGUGCGAGCCGAAUCCUUCGUCGAACCCGUGCAACCAGGCCACGAGAUGCUCAAUCUCAGUGCUGUGGCAUUCUUACUUGAGCAUGAGCCGUCUGGCCGCAAGGUGAUGUUUGACUUGGGCGUGCGCAAGGACUAUUGGAACUAUGCCGCUAUCCUACAGAAGAGGAUCGGCAGCGUGAUCCCGAGUCUGAGGGUGGACAAGAGCGUGCCUGAGAUCUUGGAGGAGAACGGAAUUGGCUUGGGGAGUAUUUCUUCUGUGAUCUGGUCCCAUUAUCAUUGGGAUCACAUCGGCAAUAUGGCUCUCUUCCCAACCUCGACCGAGAUCGUCGUUGGUCCUGGUUUCAAAUCCGCUCCGCUGCUGCUGCCUGGCUUUCCGGAGAAGCUAGACUCCCCCGUCCUCGUUUCUGACUUCAAGGGUCGAGAGCUGAGAGAGAUCGACUUCGCCGAGUCGAACCUUCAGAUUGGUGGGUACGACGCGUACGACUUCUUUGGAGAUGGAUCGUUCUAUCUACUCGACACGCCUGGCCACUGUAUCGGGCACAUGUGCGGACUUGCACGCACAACUUCAGCCGACGACGGCACGUUCCUCUUGCUGGGGGGAGACAUAUGCCACUUCGUGGGCGAUAUCAGGCCGAACGUCGCGUAUCCGCUCCCCGACACCAUCCCGGCCGAUGUCCUGGAUCACGAUCCUUCGUACUUUCCCAGGCCAUGCCCCUGCAGUUUGUUCGCUGAUCAUCAUCCGCAACUGUCAAACGAUGCACCUCCCCACGAACGGCAGCGGACGCCUUUCUACAAAGUGUCCACCCACAGCGCUUCUGCGUAUGUCGAGCCACCCACGGCACAAAAGUCGGUGGACAAGCUGCUCCAUUUCGAACAAUCGCCCCAUGUGAUGGUGUGCCUUGCGCAUGACGAAGCUUUGCUGAAGCACCUACCCACUCUGAACGAAAAUCCAAAGUUAGAGCUCAACGACUGGAAGAGUCGCGGCUGGAAGGAGAAGACCCGCUGGGACUGGCUGAAUGAAUUACCACGCAACGGGAAGCCCGGUCGAAAGUUGAUCGUGGAGGGGUUCUGGCGGGAUGGGAAACCGUGGGAUCGGGAUCGAUCGAAGGGGCAGACGCAACAACAGGGGGAGAAGGCUGCCGAGGAAGGCCAAGCAGGAUAA